AUGGUGUUCUUUUCUUGGAGAAUCCUAAAUGAUUUAAUCCCAACAGAUGACAUAUUGAAUCUGAAAGGUUUAAAAGUCCCUUCAAGAUGUCACCUAUGCAAAAACAACCAAGAAUCCAGUGAUCACCUCUUUUUCAGAUGCAAUUUUGCUAGGGAGGUUUGGAAUCAGCUGAUAUCUAACAGUAACCUAAACCUGUUGAAUGUGGGCUGGGGAAAUUUGAAAGACAGCUUGAGAGACUGGCAGGAAAUAAACCUGAUGCCUCUUCCGUUCAUUGUUGCUUGGUUUAUUUGGAAUGCUAGGAACAAGUUGAAGCAUGAGGACAGUGUGUCUCCUUUUUCUUUUGUGGCAGCUAACUGUCGGGCCUAUUUACAUAAGCUGAUAAAUUGGAAGAAAUUCCCUCAAAUUUUGAAGGUCAUGAACAAGAUUGAUACCCAAAAUCCUAUGGUUAUUAAGGUUAGACGGGAGAAGCCCCCUUACCCUUUCAUUAAAAUAAACACAGAUGGAAGCUUCACAAAUAAGAAAGCUGGUAUUGGAGGAAUCUUCAGAGAUCACACAAGCAAAGCUUUGCUCUAUUUCAAGGCCCCCUAUAUUACAGAAGAUGCUUUGGAAACUGAAGCUGCUGGCCUUUAUUGGGCAUUAAAAAUUGCCAAGGAUGUCAAGUGGUUGUGCUUCAUUGCUAAAGUGGACUCUUCACACCUGGUGGAGCUAAUCACUGACACCUCUUCCUCCCCAUGGCACAUCAACCAGUGGAUCUAUAGAAUAAAGAAGAUCAUUACUGAGAUCAAGUUCCAAAUUAAGUUUAAUUAUAGGGAAGCUAACAGGCCUGCUAAUUUCUUAGCUUUGGAAGGCUCAAACUUGAGUCAUGCAGUGGUCUCAACUAUUAUCCCUCUCCCUCUACAACUCUUAACACAAGGAGACAAACUUCAAAUCCCUUAUCUCAGAAUUCAAAACUGA